CUCGGGCGCGCACAGAGCCGGCGGUAUAGUGCGCGUGCCUGAUGGUUUUACUCCGCGCUGACAGUCGGUAGACGCCAGUCUCCCCGAACCCCGCAGCUGAAGGUAAUGACGCGCGGUCAGGAAGCGCACAUCAAGAGUCUCCUGUGUCGAGUUAGUGGUCAGUUUCCUCUGAAGGGAGAUCGGAGCAGUGAUGGACUUUGAGGCUCUUUCUUUUCUUUUUUUUAGUUGAAUCAGAGAUCAAAAGCUUUAACUUGCAUUGUUCUUUUUUCUUUGUUUGCAGCAAGAGAGAGAGAGAGAGAGAUUGAUAUCUGACGCCUAAAAGUAGGAACAACAUGUUUUUAGUCACACCAGUGCUGUUGCUGCUGUUGCCUUGGGUCUCACUGCGAGCUGCCGCAGAGGUUUGCCGCGGGGCGCAAUGCCACGGCGCGGAAAUCGGCGACCCGAGACCGUGCACCGGAGCGCACUGCCCGGGGAGCAGAUCCUCCAGACCGCUGCGGCAGUUCAACCCGGCGACGCAGGGGAGAGCGGCGCACCACCCGUACCCGAGAGCGGCGGCGGACGCGGCGGCGAACCCCGCCGUCCCGCCGCUUCGCUUGCGCCACAGCGACGGAAGCAGUGGCAGGCGCACGAGAGCGCCAGAAGUUGUACCUGCGGGUUGCACCGAUGCGGUCUGCGCCGCACAGUUGAAACAAUCUCAGCCCACUAAUGACACCCGAGACUGCCGGGGGAUCGAGUGCAGACUGCCGCUGAGGAUACGGCCGAGAGCUCGCGCGAAGUCUUGCGCGGGAGAGGGUUGCGCCUCGGAGGAGCUUCCUCCGGUGCUUCUGUCCGACAGAGCCGCGCAGUUCCUGGGAGAUUAUCCCGAGCUUGGAUAUCCGUCGUCGGAAGUCGGCGGCGCGGCUUUGGGUGUCCAGCUCACGUGUGACAUCAAGCCAGGGGAGAACGAAGUUCCCUCAGAAGAUGCCCUCAUCUUGAACCUCCAGCUGGCCAAGGGGCAGGAGAAGCUGGUGGAGGCCCUGCGCGCCCAGCAGACGGUCAUCCGCGACCUGCAGCUGAAGCUCGGCGACCAGCAGGAGGCGCUGCUGUCCCAGCAGAGGGAGAUCCUGGCGCAGCAGAGGCGCAUGUACGACCAGAUGGAGGUGGUGAAGGCCCAGUACGGCCUCCUCCUGGACACCGUCAAGCAGGUCUCCUUCCAGGGCCUGCAGGGGGAGCUGCAGAGCUACUUCGAGAGCCACCUGGCGGGUCUGCAGAGCCAGGCCCGCAGCCACCUGCGGAAGUCCUACGCCGGGCACAAGAUGGACAUCGACUCCUCCAAGGCGAUGGACGUGGUCGGGGAGGCUCAUUUCCCUCAACCUCUGCUGGGUUGCCGGUCGCCGUGCGGGCAGGAGGAGUUCUGUGAUUUCCAGAGGGACCCGCCUCAGUGUGAGAAGUGCACCAUGUGUCCACCGGGCUUCUUCCUGAUCUCGCAGUGUUCAACCACCGCCGACAGGAUGUGCCAGGACAGAGAUGAAUGCCUUGAAGUACCGACCAUUUGUGGAGAGCGAGUAAAGUGCCUUAAUACUCCCGGGGGGUUCAGGUGUCUGGGUCUCUCUCAGAGAGAAGCGGUGAUGGGCUUGUGCGGCCGCGACUACUUCUUCAACCCGGAGCUGCGGGAGUGCCAGGCCUGCUCCGACUGCGAGGGCGACCCGGUGUCCGCCCCCUGCACGGCCGUCGCCGACUCCCUCUGCGGCCGGCCUUCCGACGGCCGACUCUCCCGGUCUUGGAGUGCCGACGUGGGAAUCCCCCCCUUCAAGACCUCCGGCGCCCACAUCUUCCCCGGGCUGCAACUCGACAUCCGAGGCGAAGAGAGCGUCGACCUGCUGUCCAACGCCGGCGGCCGCGUGACCUUCCUGCAGCACGGCCUCGUGUGGCUGGAUCACAACUUCGCCGUGAAGCACAGCUGCAGGAACUUCCUCCAGGUGGGCAUGAGGCUCAACGGGAGCCAGGAGGAGGAGGGGGGUCGCGACCUCAGCGGCGUCCGCAUCGAGCAGCCCGACGGGAAGUACUUCCAGGGCGUCAGCGUGAGCAGCGGCGUGGAGGUGGAGCCCCAGCACUCCUUCGCCCUGCUGCUGAAGAGCCCCAACCAGCACUGCAACCGGAGCACGGACCUCCAGCUCUACGCCGCGGCGGCGCCCUCCCUCAGCCUGCUGUGGCUGUCGCACGACACCGGCGCCGUGGCCAUGACGGCCCAGACGUCCCUGCUGACGCACUACCAGACCAGCUACCGGCCGGCGUUCCGCGUCACCUCGGUGUCCGACGCGUACAUGGUCGCCCUGACGCACGACGACCGCGGCGUCCGCUUCACGGAGGGCGGCGUGGUGAAGUUCGUCCUGCAGCAGGCGCUCUACUCCAUGGGCCACACGUGCGUCCGCGAGGGCUUCUCCCUGAUCGCCUACACCGACCGCAACGGCACGGGCCGGGAGGCGAUGCGGGCGUUCAAGACGGGCGUCAACUACCGGGACACGUCCAUCACGCUGUGCGGCGCGGUGGGCGUCGCCGCCGGCGACACGCUGAGCUUCGAGAUCACGUCGCCGUCCCAGUGCAACAUCCGCUACUUCGGGGACAGCAGCGGGAUCAGCGUGCUGAGCCUCAUCUGGAUCCCCUCGGCGGUGUCGUCGGCGCUGACCGCCACCGUGUCCAGGACGGGCCUGCCCUCCGGCGCCGUCAGGAAUAAGCCGCUGACGUUCCGGCAGACGGGCGCCGACACGCCGCAGGUCAGCUUGGCGGCUCGCUCCGGGGAGCCCGGCAGCCGGAAGAGCUUCGUGUUCCACGAGGAAGGGACGGCGAGCGUCGCCCUCAACCUGAAGCUGAUCCACUCCUGCAGUAUCGUGAAACUGGCGGUGCAGCGGGCGGCGGGUCAGGGCGAGCAGGCGGGUCCUGUGGCUCAGCAGGUGUCCGGACAUAUGCCCGAAGGGAGCGAAUGGGCCAGUAUCGGGCUGAGGGCCUCGUUUCCGGUCCAGAACGGCACGGCGCUGUAUGUCACUCUGGACUGCAUCCGCGGGCGAGUUAACCAGAUCACACACGAGGGCGGGACGAACAUUUCAAUCCUCUGGGUUGCAGUGUGAUCCAAGAAGCGUCUUUUUUUAAAUUUUGUUGUCGUUUUUUAAUCAUCAAUGCAUUUUGUGAAAGAAAAAGACAGUUUUGCACAGGAUUGAAUUGCAGAGCAGAUUCAACAAUUUACCAAAUAGAUAAAUAUGUUGUCGUAUUAUUGUUUUACAUGUAUGUUCCGUCACCUGUUUCGACUUUUAUUGUGAAAUCUCUUUUGGGAAUGAAUAACAUCCUGUAAGUACUGCUUUCGCUUGAAGUACUUCGGCUGGUUGAGCAGUGACCAAUUCUGUGUGUGCGUGUGUGUGUGUGUGCGUGUGGAUGGGUGUGUGUGUGUGUGGUUAUGCAUGUUCAGUGGUGCUUGUUAUAUAUAUGUGUGUGUGUGUGUGUGUGUGUGUUUAUGUACACGUUGGCAUGCCUACCUUUGUAUGAGUCGUUUAAUAUGUAUAUCCUCCUCUGUCCCUGCACAUAUUUAACUUGUGUACUGUAUGUAACAACCUUUUUUUAUUUUAUAAAAUCAUUUGGCAUUACAAAUAGUUAAACAUUACGGGAGAUCGAUUCCACUCCGCUGGUUAGCUUAGCUUAGUUUAGCUUAGCACAAUGACUAGUCAGCUAGCCUAGAAACAAAUGGCUCCUCCCAGCACCUCUAAAGUUCAGAGGUUUAUCAUUUUGUUUAUGGAUUACAUAAACAAAGAAGUCCAUCAAAUGAGGAGCUGGUUGGUGUAUUUUUUUAUCCUUUUGACAGAUCCAGGCUGUUUCUCUCUGUUUCUCGUCUUUGUGCUAAGCUAAGCUAACUGGCUGCUCUUGCUGGCUUCAUAUUUACCGUACGAACGUUAGAGUGACAUCGGUCGUCUGGCAGUAAGGCCUUUACACACUGACGCCGAGACAAACAAACAACACAACAAUGCUAAAUACUUGCAUGUUUAAAUUUGUGUACAUUUUCAUUAUGCCUGUUUUUUUUAACAACAUGAUUGGUUGAAGCCAUUAUUCAAACGGCGAAAGCUCAGAGGAAUCAAAAAAUUAAGUGACACAAAAAGAACACUUCGCAAAAAAUACAUUGACGAGCGAAACAAACGCCCCCUCCGUCAACCGUCUUCACGCAUUUCCCAAAAUGUCAAACUAUCUCAUUAAUGCUCUGAAGAGUCAUGAAAGAUCAAUCACACAUGCUCGAUACACACUUUCAUAAGCAGGAGUCGGUAUUUUACGAUGUUUUUGAUAUUUAUUUGCCUUUUAUAAAACGGGACUUUUGUAUUUACUCUAUAGAAUAUAUACACUACCGUUCAAAAGUUUGGGGUCACUUAGAAAUGUCUUUAUUUUUCAAAGAAAAGCACUGUUUUUUCAAUAAAGAUAACAUUAAUCAAAAAUACACACUAUACAUUGUUAAUGUGGUAAAUGACUAUUCUAGGUGGAAACGUCUGGUUUCUAAUGAAAUGUCUUCAUAGGUGUAUAGAGGCCCAUUUCCAUCAACUAUCACUCCAGUGUUCUAAUGGUACAUUGUGUUUGCUAAUCGCCUUAGAAGACUAAUGUCUGAUUUGAAAACCCUUGUGCAAUUAUGUUAGCACAGCUGAAAACAGUUAUGCUGGUGAUAUAAGCUAUACAACUGGCCUUCCUUUGAGCUUGAAGUUUGAAGAACAAAAUGAAUACUUCAAAUAUUAAUCAUUAUUUCUAACCUUAUCAAUGUCUUGACUAUAUUUUCGAUUCAAUUUUCAAUUCAUUUGAAAAAUAAAAGUGAGUUUUCAUGGAAGACAUGAAAUUGUCUGGAUGACCCCAAACUUUUGAACGGUAGUGUAUAUUUGUCAGACAUGAGAAAAGUAUAGAAAUAUGUUGUGUAUGUGGUAAAGCGCUGACUAGGCAGUGUUGGUGUUCAUUAAUACAUGCAGCCAUAGCCUCCGUCAUACGUUUAUUUGCACGCGUAUAGUUUAACAUUGUGUUAUGAAGUAGGCAAACAUCAUACUUUGUUAUUCUUUUGCCUAAAUGCUGUUUCCCUGUGAGGAGUUGCCCAUGCAUAUCGCUCCUAAUUGCCCGUGUGUGUGUCCUGUCCUCUAAACAAUUAGGCAUAAUUAAGUGUUUCAUGGAGUUGGCAGCGAAGCUCGCCACGAAGAAAAAAAAUGUCAGAUUCAUUCUCACUUCAUUAUGUGUGAGGGGUUUCUUUUUGCUUUCUGUGGUUGGGCUCCCUGCACAUGUCAAUGCAUGCAUGCACUCUUGUUCGACACCAAAUAAAAUAUACCUAUGUUUAGCCAGA